AUGGCAGAUCGUAAUUUAGACAACUGGGUGUCAGACCAGUUAUAUGCUCUCCUCGGCUUUGCAGAGAGCGCAGUGGUCAGCUAUGUGGUAUCCUUAGGGCGAAAGGCGUCCAAUGCAGCAGUCCUGGCUCGCCAGCUCGAGGGCCAGGGGCUCCCGAGUGGCAUGGAGACGCGGCGAUUUGCCGAGGAUCUCCUGGCAAAGAUUCCCCGUGCGGGCGCCGCGCCCGGCCGCGCCGCACUGCAGUACCAACAACGCGAGCGGGAUGCGGCCGCCUUCGUGCGAAAGAACGCCGCAUUCGCGAUGCUGGAAGAUGACGAGGAUGACUUUGACGAGCCGCCUCCCGCGCCCACCACCGCGCCGGUGCCCAAGGUCGCCAAGAAGAGCCUGCGCAAAAGCAAGGACUCUGACGCAGAGGGAGGGGACGCACCAGAUGAGGAGCAGACAAAGCGGCUGGCAGAGGAGAAGGACGCGAGGGAGAGGGACGAGUUUGCAGAGCGACUGCGGCAGAGGGACGAGGCGAAGACGAGGAAGCUUGCCGAGGCCAAGCUCAGCAAGGAGGAGCUUGCGGACAUAGAGAGGAGAAAGUACGAGACCGAGGCGCAGAAGAGGGCGCUCGUGCCAGAGCUGCGAGGGAUUGCGCGCGAGGAGUACCUCAAAAAGCGCGAGGUGCUCAAGCUGUCAGAGAUGAAGGACGCCCUGGAGGAUGAGGAGAUGCUUUUUGCGGGCCAGAAGUUGACAGAGAAGGAGCAACGGGAGCUGGAGUACAAUCGGCAGGUGUACGAGCUAGCCAUGUUGCGCAAGAAGCAGGAGGAGGAGCUGGAAAAUCGGGACGAGUACCACAUGCCCACCUCCUACGACGCAGAGGGCCAAAACCAGAACAAGCGCUACGAGGUCCUUUCUGCACGAUACAGGGAGGUUGAUGAGGAGGAUGAGGCGACGCCGUGGAAGGAGCAGGAAAACUGGGAGGUUGACAAAAUUAAGACAGCCACCAUGAAAGUGGGGUCCAAGGACCGGGCCAAAAAGGCGCAGGAGUACGACUUUGUGUUCGAGGACCAGAUCGACUUCAUCAAGGACAUGGCCCUCGCCGGGGACGUGGAUUUGGACGAGGAGCAGGCGCUGGACAGGGAGAGGAAGGAGCGGGAGGAUGCGGCCAAGAGCGAGUUUGAGCGGCUGCAGGCGGACCGCAAGCUGCUGCCCAUCUUCCCCUACCGCGAGCAGCUGCUGCAGGCUGUAGCCGAGCACCAGAUCGUCAUCAUCGUCGGCGAAACCGGUUCCGGGAAAACAACCCAGAUUCCGCAGUACCUGCACGAGGCGGGGUACAGCAAGGCGGGGCGCAUCGGGUGCACGCAGCCGCGGCGCGUGGCAGCCAUGAGCGUUUCGGCGCGCGUGGCCACCGAGGUCGGCUGCAAGCUGGGCAGCGAGGUCGGCUACUCCAUCCGCUUCGAGGACUGCACCUCCGACAAGACCGUCCUCAAGUACAUGACGGAUGGCAUGCUGCUGAGGGAGUUCCUGGGAGAGCCCGACCUGGCCACCUACUCAGUCAUGAUGGUGGACGAAGCCCACGAGCGCACGCUGCACACCGACGUCCUCUUUGGCCUGGUGAAGGACAUAGCGCGAUUCCGGCCGGACCUGAAGCUGCUGAUUUCCAGUGCUACGCUGGACGCAGAGAAGUUCAGCGAGUACUUUGACUAUGCGCCCAUCUUCCGCAUCCCCGGCCGCCGCUACCCAGUAGACAUCCUCUACACCAAGGCCCCCGAGGCGGACUACCUACAUGCCGCGGUGGUGACGACGCUGCAGAUACACGUGACGCAGCCGCCGGGCGAUGUGCUCAUCUUCCUGACGGGCCAGGAGGAGAUUGAGACGGCCGAGGAGCUGCUGCGGCAACGCACGCGGGGCCUUGGCUCCAAGAUUGGCGAGCUCAUCAUUGCACCCAUCUAUGCCAACCUGCCCUCCGACCUCCAGGCGAAGAUCUUUGAGACGACCCCUGUGGGCGCGCGGAAGGUUGUGCUUGCCACCAACAUCGCUGAGACCAGCCUCACGAUCGAUGGCAUCAAGUACGUAAUCGACCCCGGCUUCUGCAAGCAGAACGCGUACAGCCCCAAGACGGGCAUGGAGUCGCUGGUGGUGACCCCCGUCAGCAAAGCGUCCGCACAGCAGCGCGCCGGCCGCGCGGGGCGUACCUCCCCCGGCAAGUGCUUCCGCCUCUACACUGCCUACUCCUUCCAGCACGAGCUGGAGGACAACACCAUCCCGGAAAUCCAGCGUACCAACCUCGGCAACGUGGUGCUGAUGCUCAAGUCGCUGGGCAUCAACGAUCUGAUGAACUUUGACUUCAUGGACCCCCCGCCCACCGAGACGCUCUUCCGCGCUCUAGAGCAGCUGUACGCGCUGGGGGCCCUGAAUGACAGGGGGGAGCUGACUAAGCUGGGCCGGCGCAUGGCGGAGUUCCCUCUCGACCCCAUGCUCGCCAAGAUGCUCAUCGCCUCAGAGGACUACAAGUGCUCGGAGGAGGCUGCGUCGGUGGCUGCGAUGCUGGGAGUGGGCGGCGCGGUGUUCUACCGGCCCAAGGACAAGGCGGUGCAUGCGGACAACGCGCACCGAGCAUUCCACCGCGGCAACGUGGGCGACCACAUCGCGCUGCUCAACGUGUUCAAUGCCUGGGCCGAGUCUGGCUUCUCCACGCAGUGGUGCUACGAAAACUUUGUGCAGGUGCGGAGCAUGAAGCGGGCAAGGGACAUCCGGGAGCAGCUGCUGGGCCUGAUGGAGCGAGUGGAGAUUGAGCUCACCUCCAAUGGGGGCGACCAUGACAUCAUCAGGAAGGCCAUCGCGGCGGGCUUCUUCUACCACUCCGCACUGCUGCAGAAGAACGGCACCUACCGCACCGUCAAGAACCCCCAGACCGUCCACAUCCACCCCUCCUCCGGCCUAGUCGAGGUGAUGCCGCGGUGGGUGAUCUACCACGAGCUGGUGAUGACCACCAAGGAGUUCAUGCGCACGGUGUCUGAGAUCAAGCCGGCAUGGCUGAUCGAGAUCGCGCCGCACUACUACAGCAAGAAGGAGCUGGAUGACCCCUCCGCCAAGAAGCUGCCCAAGGGCGUCGGCCGUGCAGCCGCUGCAGAUCUCUAG